AUGUCUCAAGACCCGAACCUCUUCAGCGCCUUCAAGCGGCCCAGAGAAACCCUCUCCGGAAUCCCCACCGCCUCCCAGAGCUCAAACUUCUCCUCAAUCCCGCAACCCGCCUCCGCCCUGCGCCGCUCAAACUCCAAAUCACGUCCCCCAGCCUCCAGCAGCCGCAUGUCCCUCGCACCCCCCGCAACCUACUCCCGCCCCUCCGACGCGGACCUCAUGUCGACGGCCCGCCGCGACCCCCGCUCCGCCCGCCAAUCCUACGCCCCCACCUCCUCGCAGCCACCCCCCUCCACCGCCCGCCGCUCCUCCGUCAUGCGCCGCUCGUCCGUCGGCGGCGCGGCCCUCGGCGCCCUCAACAGCUUCUUCACCUCCUCCACCAGCGCCAUCCCGCAGCGCGACCCCCGCCCGCUCAAGGACCGCAGCUUCCAGGCCAAGAUCGGCCAAGAGAUCCACGAAUACCUGCUCACCAACGGCUUCGAGCUCGAAGCCGGCCACUCGCUCACCCCCACGGCCCUCAAGAGCCCCACGCAAAAGGACUUCACAAUGAUCUUCCAGUGGCUCUACCACCGCCUCGACCCCAACUACCGCUUCCAGAAGCCCAUCGAGCAGGAGGCGCCCCCGAUCCUCAAGGCGCUGCGCUACCCCUUCGCCCAGAGCAUCACAAAGAGCCAGCUCACCGCCGUCGGCAGCGCAAACAGCUGGCCCAGCUUCCUGGCCAUGCUGCACUGGAUGCUCGAGCUCAUCGUCACCGUCGAGCGCUACCAGAGCGGCGCAUACGACGACGCCGCCGCAGCGGAGGGCAUCGACGUCGGCGCGGACCGCAUCAUCUUCCGCUACCUCGUCAGCUGCUACCGCGCGUGGCUCGCCGGCGACGACGACCACGACGAGUUCCUCGACGAGAUGUCGGCCGCCUUCGACGAGCGCGCCGAGACAUACACCACGGAGCUCGCGCGCCUCGACGCCGAGAACGCGGCGCUCCGGGAGCAGCUGGCGGCCCUCCACGACGGCGAGGAGCCGCUGAAGAAGGUCGAGGACUCGCGCACGCUGAUCGAGACCGACACGAAGAAGUUCCUCGACUACUGCAGCCGCAUCGAGGCGCGCAUCACAAAGAUCACGGCCACGAACGCGAAGCUGCGCGACGAGAUCACGGCCUCGGACGCCGAGCUGCAGGCCGCAGAGGAGGAGAAGGCGGCGCUGCAGGCCGCCGUCGACCGACAGGGCCUCACGCCCGCCGAUAUCGACCGCAUGACGACGGAGCGCGACAAGCUGUCCAAGGGGCUCGCGGCCAUCUCCGCGCGCGUCGCCGAGACGCGGCAGAAGCUGGCGGAGCGGGAGGGCGCGGCCACGAGUGCGCUGGAGGCGCUGGAGCGCGCUGUCACACGCUACAACACCCUCGCGUACCAGAUUGGGCUUGUGCCGGCGUCGGCGCCGAAUGCCGGGGGGAGGGAGUUUGAGGUUGCGGUGGUGCCGCUGGCGGGUGGGGAGGAGGCGAGGCUGCUGGUGGAUGCGGCGACGGGGUGGCAGGCGGGGGCGGUGGUGGGCAGGGAUUUGAGGCAUGAGGUGAGGCCGGCGCUGAUGGAGCUGCGGAGGGAGAUUGCGGGGAGGAUCCAUGAGGCGCAGGAUGAGGGGAUACGCACGCAGGAGGCGAUUGAUCGGGUGACGGAGGCGCUGGCGGAGAAGGCGGAUGAGGUGGAUACGCUGCAUGCGAGGGUGCAGAGCGCGGUGGGCGAGUAUCAGGAGAUUAAGGAUAAUAUUGCGGUCGAGGGGAAUGCGAGUAAUGCCGAGAUUGAGAAGUUGGAGAAGGAGCUGGCGGGGAUGAGGGUGGGGAUGAGGGAGGGGGUGCUGGCGGUCGAGCAGAGGGUGCAGGGGGUCAUGAUUGAACGCGACCAACUCGCCCACGCCGCCCAAGCCCUCCGCGAACGCUUCCACGGCGAGGUCGACAGGAUCCUCAACGAGAUCAUCAAGUUCAAAGUGCACAUCCAGGACACCCUGCAGGGCUACGAGCAGCUUGUGGAGGGGGAGCUUAGAGGCAACGACGCCCUCAUGGAGGGCUAA